AUGCCUCUGGCAGAGGAUCUCCAUCUCUCUCCAGAAGAGAAGAGGAAACACAAGAAGAAGUGCCUGGUGCAGAGUCCUAACUCCUAUUUCAUGGAUGUGAGAUGCCCAGGAUGCUAUAAAAUCACCACAAUCUUUAGCCAUGUACAACACAGUCGUUUUGUGUGUUGGCUGCUCAACUGUCCUCUGCCAGCCUGCAGGAGGAAAAGCAAGGCUUUCAGAAGGGUGCUCCUUCAGGCAGAAGCAGCACUAA